CAGAGACACAGUAGGGAGGGAGAGAUGACGCAGAAAGGGAAUCUGUUCAAAGGCCAGCAGAAGAAGAAAACAAUUCCUCCAAAUCGCCAUGGGAAGAUCCCCUACAAUCGUAAAGGGAAGAGAGUGGUGAAGCCGUCGAAGAUGACGAAAGAUAGCGACUCUGACCGAUUGCGCAAUCAUCAUUUUAAUGCCAAAUCACUGUUGUCGUCUCCUCUGUUCUUGGCUGCCUUGCAAUUUGGCUUAUGAAGCUGAAUAGGAAUUUCAUGCCAUUGAAUUAAUUGAAUAUCAAUCC